AUGAGGAUCACAAGCUCGGCUGUGAACUCUUUCUGUCUUUCUCUGUUCUUCCAUAGCUCCUCUGGCCAAAGGUACCCUGGAGAUUAUCCUGUUCAAGGGUACCCAGUGGGGAAUCCAUAUCCUCAUCCUGCGCCUCAUGGCAACCCAUACCAUCACCCUGGGCCUCAUGACAACCCGUAUUAUCAUUAUCCUCAGGGCUCGCGCCCUUCUGGGAGACCAGGCCCUCCAGGAUACGGGCAAUCUCCCAUCCCUGUAGAAUCAGGGACCGCGUCUGACACUACAUCGUCGUCCUUGAGUGGUACGGACGCGCCAGCUCAGACUCAGACAGGUACCAUCUCCACCUCAUCUGGCACUCCUGCCGACUCUUCUGUGGCUUCUUCCGUCCCAUCUGCAACCUUGACCAGCCUGCCUCCGGACACCAUCUCGUCGGUUUCCACCACUACCCCUACCAGCUCCACCGUUGCCCGAAAUGCUUCCGCCUUCGUCAUCGUGUCCCCAACCUAUUGCCCCCCCUCUAUCCGUCCCACCGGGGUACCGAUAAGCCAGAGCGAUGCCAACUUUUCGGCAUCACACGAGGGGCUGCAGUACCAGCAGUUCCCCAACUCGCAGUUCAUCCUGAAGAACGACAGCGGCGAGCCGUUCUACCUGGACCUGUCCACGCCCACCCAGCUGAUCGUGGAGGACGCCGACGGCUAUAUGCUGAUCCUUUACGAAAACGGGACAUACAACGCCUUUGCCGGCGCCUGCGAGCUCGAGAUCAUCGGGAGCUGGCCGAGCCCGGGCUCAUCCCCCACCGGCCGGAAGCGAGAUAUGACGAUCCGCCGCCAGGCUGGCAGCGCCCUGUGCAGCGACAUACAGUUCUUCUGCAACAAAAAUCUCGGCAAGGCAGUGCUCGCCGUUGGCGGCGGGCUAGCCUGCGCCGCCAUCGCCAAGCAGGUGGGCGCCGAGAUCGGGGGCGCCGUCGGCUUCCUGGGCAACCUCUUGGGGCCCGAGGUCGGGCUCCCCACGACCCUGGUCGGCGCGGCGGUGGGCGGGCAGCUCGGCGGCUUCCUGGCCGGGAAGUACGGCCAGGUCCUCUGCGCCAACGCCGCGACGUACCUCGGGUCCGAGUUGUGCAGCGCCUGCCCGCCGCCGUCGAACUGCGGCCCCGGGACGAUCUCCUGCAAUGGGAAGCCGUGCCAGGACAUCCUCAGCGACCCGAGCAACUGCGGCGCAUGUGGCAAUGUGUGUCCGUCGGGAAAGUGCCGAAACGGGCAAUGCACUGCCCCAGUCUGCGCUGGGUCGACGUGUGACAGCCUGCCGAGCUGCGGAUCGGACUGCUUCUGCUUCGCUACUGCUGGGAGCACAGGAUUCUGCGGUCCCAGCGUGGCCUGCAGCCCUCUCGCCGACUGCGUCUCGGACUUUGACUGCGGGCAAGGCCUUGUGUGCGCGACUGGCACCUGUUGUGGCAGAAAUGUCUGCCUGCAAUCGUGCGGAGUUGGGUCAGCGCGUAGGGACACUUCGAUUGCGGCAAAUGCCAGCGAGCUCUAUACGGCCGGUCAGGGAGGCGUCGCGGGAAGAAACAUUCCGAGGCUUUUUGAGUGA